UCCUCAGGAGCAUCGCGAUUCUUUUUCUAGCCACUCUGACAGUAGACAUGCUGGUCAUAGUUCUCUCAAGUCAUCGCUAAACCUAUCAGAAGCGAAAAAUGAAACUUCCAUUCCUCCUACAAGGAUAGUUGUUCUGAAACCUAACCUUGGGAAGAUGCUGAAUGCUACCAAAACUAUUUCAUCACCUUGUUCUUCUCAUGCUUCUAUGUUAGAUGGUAGGAAACACGCAGAAUUUCCGAGCAUUAGAAGUAGGGAGACAGAAUCAUGGGGAAGGAAAAACUUCCAAGAUAAAGAUGGCCAUUUGAGGCAUAAGUCUAGAGAAUCUAGGGAAGUUGCUAAGGAAAUCACAAGGCAAAUGAGGAAUAACUUUAGCACUGGUUCUGUACGUUUUUCAUCAUCUGGUUUGAAAGGAUAUGCUGGUGAUGAGAGUUCUUGUAGCAUGUCUGAGAAUGAAUCUGCAAAUGAGUCAGAGGUGAUGUCAGUGGCUUCCAGACAUUCCUUUCACUUGAAUAAUCACUCUAGGCCGUCAUCAUCAUGCUCUACUGAAUCAACUGUGAGUAGAGAGGCCAAGAAGAGACUCUCAGAGAGAUGGAAAAUGACUCACAAGUCCCAAGAAGUGGGAGUGGUUAGCAGGGGCAGCACCCUUGCUGAAAUGCUUGCUAUCCCCGACAAGGAAAUGCGAGCAGAAAAAUUGAAUGCCAUGAUUGGUGAGGCAGGAUUUAGAGAUAAAUUUUCUACUGAAGAUGCACCUGCACGAUGGGGUGGACCUCUGGGUAUCAGCAGUAGGGAUGGCUGGAAGGAUGGAUGUAUCAAUAGUUUAUCAAGAUCAAAAUCUCUUCCUGCUUCAUCUAGUGCAUUUGGAAGUUAUAAAACAAGUAUGCGCCGUGAAACUAUACGUGAUGACAGGUAUCUGAUACCAAAAGAAACAGUCCAGCACGAAAGAAACCAGCUAGUAAAGGGGAAUCUUGAUCUUAGAGAAGGUGCCCGCAAACACUCUAGAUCCAGUAAUAAAAGAUCGUAUUCUUCUCGCUCCUUAAGUAGGGAAGCUAUUGACAUUUCACCUGAAACUCAUACUACUCAGAGUAAAGAUAAAACCGACUUUGAAGAGAACAAUCAAUCCCAGCAGAAUAUUUCAGUCUUUGAGUCAUCACCUAGUAAUGCUGCAGAUUCAAGUUCAGCUUCUGUAAAACUGGUGGAUGCGGAUGCAUCCAUACCUUCCGAAACUCCUGAUACGUUCCUUCCAGAAUCAUCUUCUCGUAUGUCGGUAGAAGGCGAUUCUUCUUCUACUCCCAAAGAGAACCUAGUUCCUCAGGAACCAUCAAUCAGGCCACCUUUUGAACGGGCAGUCCCCUCUGACCACCCUGUCCCUGGAAUAGAAUCGCCUGCAAGAACUAAGGAGGCUGAUCAACCCAGUCCUGUUUCAGUUCUGGAAGUUCCUUUCACUGAUGAUGCAUCAUCUUCUCCUGAAUGCUUUGAGAGUCUCAAUGCUGACCUGCAAGGGCUUCGGAUGCAGCUUCAGCUACUCAAGUUGGAGUCAGAACCAUAUGCAGAGGGACCCAUGGAAAUCUCAAGUGAUGAAGAUGUUGGUGAAGAAUUUACUGGGUUUUCAGAAGCAAUAGGACUUCAUAGAGAUCAAGGGAGCUGGGAGUCCUCGUACUUGGCCAAUAUUUUAACUGAAUCUGGUUUAAACAGUGCCGACUCGGGAACCUUUUUGACAACAUGGCACACUCCAGAAUGCCCUGUGAGUCCUUUUCUGUUUGAAGAGCUUGAGAAGAAAUACUCUGAUCAGACUUCUUGGCCAAAGCCUGAGAGGAGAUUACUGUUCGACCGGAUAAAUUCAGGGCUUCUGGAGACGUUUGAGCAAUUCACUGAUCCACACCCAUGGGUGAGGCCUGCAAACAAAAGAGUUGGUCCCAAGUGGAUUCAUAGAAGUGCACUCCAUGGUGUUCUGUGCAAGUUGCUGGCAAGCCAAGAAGAGAACGCAAAUGAGGACAAUCUGGAGAAAGUGCUCGAAGGAGACUCGCUGUGGUUGGAUUUGGGAGACGACAUAGACAUAAUAGGUAGGGAAGUAGAGAACUCGUUGAUAGAUGAGCUAGUAGCAGAGGUAGUGGUUAUGUAGUGUAGAAUGCGAAAAUUUUCAACUGAAGUAUUUGACUUUGUUGGUCUAGAAGCUUAAGUAGAGUAUGUAAAUGAAGCCAUGAAAUGGUAGUUUCAUGAGAAAGAUGAAUAAAAAGAUUAAGUCUUU